AUGCACGACAGCUCUGGCACAUAUUAUGUCCUCCCUGCUCACGUCGUGCACGCCGGCGUGCUCGUGCUCGUCGUUGCAUUGCUGAGCAAUAUCGCGGGGCUGUGGUUGUAUGUGUCCCGUAGACCAGGCGUCUACCCGGGAGAGGAGCUGUCCCGGCUGCCGCUCGAAGUGCAUCCCGCAGCGCUGCAGAUCUCCGGCUCUGAGCGGUACGGGCUGCAGGACGACGCCGACUGGGCAUCACUCUUUCCCGCAGGCGGCGACGGGUUCAUCAAGAUACAGCGCGGCGACACACAGGUCUACUACGGCGUCGCUAUGUACCAUCAGCUGCACUGCCUGGAUGGCCUGCGCGGAGCGUUCAACGAGCUCGCUGCGGGGAACCGCUCACGCUUGGACAUGCACCGGGAGCACGCAGCACAUUGCCUGGGGUAUCUGCGGCAGGUGGCGCUGUGUAGCGCGGACAUCACGCUGGAGAGCACGUACUACGAGGUAUUGUCGGACGGGACUCUCGAUGGCCCGCAGACGAACGGGAGUGGGGCGGUGCAUCGGUGUGGGGACUGGGUGCAGGUGCGGCAGUUCUUGGAGGACGACUAUCAAGCGUGGGUGAAUGGGGCUUAA